CUCUCCUGCCCCGCCAUCUCCUUCCUCUCCUCCGGCCGGGGAUUCGGGCGCCGCGGGCUCGGCAGCGCCGGGAGCUCUCCCGCAGCCGCCUUCGCCCACUCGCCCUACACUGUGACUGAUGAGAGUUAAAGGCCAUGGAUGAAGAUGGGCUUGAAUUGCAGCCACAUGAGCCAAAUGCAUUUUUUGAUCCAACAGGAGCUGAUGCAACACAUAUGGAUGGAGAUCAGAUUGUUGUGGAAGUACAGGAAACAGUAUUUGUUUCAGAUGUAGUCGACUCAGAUAUAACUGUGCAUAAUUUUGUUCCUGAUGAUCCAGACUCAGUAGUAAUCCAGGAUGUCAUUGAGGAUGUUGUUAUCGAGGAUGUUCAGUGCCCAGAUAUCAUGGACGAGCCAGAUGUGUCUGAAACAGUCAUUAUUCCUGAACAAGUGCUGGACACAGACGUAGCCGAAGAGGUUUCUUUGGCUCAUUGCACUGUCCCGGAUGAUGUUUUGGCUUCUGACAUAACAGCAGAGACAAUGUCCAUACCAGAACAUGUACUGACAACUGAGUCAAUGCAUGUACCUGAAGUUGGACACGUAGAACAUGUAGUUCACGAUAACAUUGAAGAAGCAGAUAUUGUCACUGAUACUCUGGGAACAGAUGUUGUUUCUGAGGAAGUCUUGGUGGCAGACUGUGCAUCAGAGGCAGUGAUCGAUGCCAAUGGAAUCCCUGUGGAACAUCAAGAUGAGAAGGGCAACUGUGAUGAUUACCUUAUGAUUUCCUUGGAUGAUGCUGGUAAGAUAGAACACGAAGGUUCUGCUGAAAUUACCAUGGAAGCAGAGUCAGAAAGUGGCUCUUGUAAAGUGGAUGGCAUUUGUCCAGAAGUCAUCAAGGUCUAUAUAUUCAAAGCAGAUCCUGGAGAAGACGAUUUAGGGGGAACAGUAGACAUUGUGGAGAGCGAGCCAGAGAAUGACCACGCAGUUGGAUUGCUCGAUCAAAAUAGCAGUAUUCGUAUUCCAAGGGAGAAAAUGGUUUACAUGACUGUAAAUGAUUCUCAGCAUGAAGACGAAGACUUAAAUGUUGCAGAAAUAGCUGAUGAGGUUUAUAUGGAAGUGAUUGUAGGAGAGGAGGAUGCCGCAGCCGCCCAUGAACAGCAAAUCGAUGACACCGAAAUUAAAACUUUCAUGCCCAUAGCUUGGGCAGCAGCUUAUGGUAAUAAUAACGAUGGCAUCGAAAGUCGGAAUGGGACUGCAAGUGCUCUUUUGCACAUAGAUGAGUCAUCUGGACUUGGGAGACUGGCCAAGCAAAAACCAAAGAAGAAGAGGAGACCUGAGUCCAGACAGUAUCAGACAGCAAUAAUCAUUGGCCCCGAUGGUCAUCCAUUGACAGUCUACCCCUGCAUGAUUUGUGGAAAGAAAUUUAAGUCCAGAGGUUUCUUGAAAAGGCACAUGAAAAACCACCCAGAGCACCUUCUUACUAAGAAGAAAUACAGAUGCACAGACUGUGAUUACACUACGAAUAAAAAAAUAAGUUUACAUAACCACUUGGAGAGUCAUAAGCUGACCAACAAAACAGAAAAGCUUAUUGAAUGCGACGAGUGUGGGAAAACCUUCUCUCAUGCAGGAACUUUAUUUACUCACAAGAUGGUGCACAGGGACAAAGGAGUUAAUAAAAUGCACAAGUGCAAAUUCUGCGAUUAUGAGACAGCGGAACAAGGGUUACUGAGUCACCACCUUUUGGCUGUCCACAGCAAGAACUUUCCUCACAUUUGCGUGGAGUGUGGCAAAGGGUUUCGCCAUCCGUCGGAGCUCAAGAAGCACAUGCGGAUCCACACUGGUGAGAAGCCCUACCAGUGCCAAUAUUGUGAAUACCGAUCUGCCGACUCUUCCAACUUGAAAACCCACGUAAAGACUAAACACAGUAAGGAAACGCCGUUGAAGUGUGAUAUUUGUUUCCAGACUUUUUCAGAUACCAAAGAGCUACAGCAGCAUACACUUAUGCAUCAAGAAAGUAAAACACAUCAGUGUUUGCAUUGUGACCAUAAGAGCUCAAACUCGAGUGAUCUGAAACGACACAUUAUUUCAGUCCACACAAAAGACUAUCCUCAUAAGUGUGAUAUGUGUGAUAAAGGCUUUCACAGGCCUUCGGAACUGAAAAAACACGUGGCGGCUCACAAAGGUAAAAAAUUGCACCAAUGCAGACAUUGUGACUUUAAAAUUGCAGAUCCGUUCAUUCUGAGCCGCCACAUACUCUCAGUUCACACAAAGGAUCUUCCAUUCAGGUGCAAGAGAUGUAGAAAGGGCUUUAGGCAACAAAACGAGCUGAAAAAACACAUGAAAACACACAGUGGCAGGAAAGUUUAUCAGUGCGAGUACUGUGAGUAUAGCACUACAGACGCCUCAGGCUUCAAACGGCACGUGAUUUCCAUUCACACAAAAGACUACCCUCACCGGUGUGAGUAUUGCAAGAAAGGUUUCCGAAGGCCUUCAGAGAAGAACCAGCACAUUAUGCGACAUCAUAAAGAUGUUGGGCUGCCUUAAAGUCUCUUUCACAGACUUAUGGCUGGAAUUAGAAAGGAAAUUUGCCUUUCAGGCAGUUAGCUUAUUUUAAAGCCAAUCACCUGCGAUCACACACACACAAAAAAAAAAAAAACGAAAAAAAUACUGUGCAUUUGAUUUGUUGCUGUAUAAAAAUAGGAUUAUUGCUUGUAGUUGACUUUUAUACCUUUUGUUCAAUAGCGUGUUCGGAAUUCUAUUCAGUUUGUUUAAUAAAUGAAGAAAAGAUGGCAACAAUAAAGUUGCAUUUAAUAAAGUAAACCCUGUCUCUUACUGAAUUUUUCAAGCGUAAUAGUUUAUUUAAGUAUAUUUAUCUUACUGACCUCGUUGAUACUCACAGUGUCCAUGUUAAUGCAGUUUUGUCGUGAAUUUUAAAAAUAAGAAAUUUCUCUUGAUAAAAUUGUCAGAGGUGUGUAUAAAAUGGGGAAUUGUCAUGUUGACAUUAAAGUCACUAGGGCCCACCUGAUUGUCCUGUUUUAACUAUACAGUCUUCGUGGCAGGUUAACUAUUUUCUGGUUGAGGAGUUACAAGUCUCACUUUGUGUUUUCAUUCUGGUUUCAGAGAUAAAAAUACUUUUAAAAAUGGUUUGGAGCGGUUUUUAUCUUUCCUGGGCAAAUUUAAAAUAUGCGCAAAUAUUACAUUUAUUGUUCUGUGCUUCUUUGUCUUUGAAGGGUUUUGUGUGUUACAAAAGAGUUGGGUUUUUUCCGCUUUACUCCUGUCUUAAAUGUUGGAAACGUAAAAUACUCUUGUUCCAUUUGCAGAGUUAACAAUAGGUCACAACUGUCUGUAUGUGCUGGUAAACGUACCUCAAACUUUAUGCUUUUAUGUAUGUUGGUAUUUCUUUGAAAGAGCAGUUUGUGGUUCAAGUCACAAUUUUAUUAUUAGUUGUUUUAGAAUAAAAUUUAAGACCAAGAGGUGCCUCAAAUUUGGAAACCAGAUAUUUACAGUGAGAGCUUCAGAAGGGAAUGGAGCAGAGCAGAUGAGUUCAUAAGGAGUAGAGACGUUGUAACGUAGAUAGCUUUAAUAAGAGAAGUAACUUAUGAUAGAUGCAAUUCUGUUACUAAAUGUUUUUCCUGAGCCAUUAGUAGCAGUGUUCAGCUGCUGUUUAUUAAUUAGUACAGUAUCCAGAAUUAACCCAGUUCUUUUAAUCUGUCUAUAAGCAGCUGGGAGAAUAUUACAAUUAUUAGAUGCAAUUUUGCCACCUGAAGACUAUUAUAAAGUAGCUCCAUAUCAUUUGCUAAUUGCAGUGUAAAUGUACCAAGCACAAAGUCACAUACUUUAACAACAACCUUGGAGCAAAAAACCCAAACCACUUUAAUUACAAGCCAGAUUUUAGGACCUUUCCCUGCUUCCUUUGCUCAAAUUCUUACCCCAGCCACUGUUUGAUGGUGGAUUGCAGAAUUCAGUCCCUUCUGCCUGCCAGAUUAGGAUAGAUUUAUAACCAACAAUUCACUAAUGGAAAGGCUUCAGAGACUGGGCCAGUGUUAAUUCCUGUUUCUAGGCAGGUGAACUUCCAAUUUGAAAUCAAACAGGAAUUCUAGUGUUGGUUUCAAGUCUGAGGUGAUGGAAGGACAAAGGUUUCCUUUGUGGAUGUGCAUCUUCUAGGCCUUUUGUAUUUUGUCUUGUUACCAAGCCCUGCCCCUGCUGCUUAUCCCUCCUGUCUCACUGUAAGCUGGAAUUCUUGUCUGUAGUGUGCGGUUGAGGAGAGUCCAAUGCCAUUGCCUGUGUUGUAGGAUGGUUUUUUCUUUCUUUGCCUGCUUGCAGUGCCCCCAGACUUGUGGGGUGUGCUCUUGUGUAAUAUUGCUACUAGCGGGCCAUGACCCUUUAGCGUGUAAUUCCUGGCUGUGCUGCAUUGUGCCUUCCUUGAAAUCCCCGCUGAAGCCAGUGGAUUUCCUCCAUGGCCGUAGUGUCCGUUGCCUGCUGAUGCCAAACCAGAUGCAGUAAAACCCAGCAGAGAUUCCCACUUGCUUCUUGCAAAAUACCUGCCUGUGACUACUUUUGUUUCCUCUCUUAUGUUCAAGCAUUUUCUAACUGGAAACCUGGAAAGUGUACAAAAUCUGCAUAAAUUCCCAUAGUAGUGCUGAGGAUUUUAGCCAUUUUGAACUUUAUUUUUUUAAAUAAGCUGAAAGACAAAGAACACAAUUUUACGCAUUUUCUUUCUCUUACGUAGCCUGGAAUCAUACACUUUUUUUUUUUUUUAAAGCACAAUGUUGAAACUUUUUUUUUUAAUAAUUAAGGGUUUGGUCAAGUGGAUUUUGUAAAAUGUAUUUGUCUGUAUAAAGAGAAAAGGAAAUUAUAGUUAUUGUUAAUGUACUGACAUUAGUUACAGGUUAGUUUUAAUUCUUAAAUAAUUUGCUUAGCAAAUGCUAUGAAAUGGAUGUUUCAGUUUAAUGUUUAAAAAGGUACAGAUUUUUACAAGGACAUAAUAUAAAUUAUUGUUCUGUAGAAAAUACCCUGUUAAAUAUUGUAUAUGUCCUUCCCUCUGUACACUUUGUAAAAAAGACAAAAGAAAAAAACAAAAUACAUAGAACCAUAUAGGGAUGUGUGACAUUAUUGUAAUUGUGUACUUGAUAAUAACGUGAAAAAUAAAAUUCAAAAUAUUUUCCUUUUAAUGAA